AUGCACGCUUUCGCUCACAUCCUGGCGUGCGCCUUACCGUUCCUCAUCCUCAAGUUCCAUAUCACCACCGCUGCUUCUUCUGGUACUUCUGAACCGGGGUCGCUCACACAAGGAAACGCCGUUGCACCAGGAGCCCUCUCUACUACAAACUAUGAAACAGAUACUACCAUGCUACAGGCUCGCGAGAUCCGUAAUGCAGAUUAUUCGUCAAGCAGUCCCCAAGACACGUCACCGAGGAAUACAACUGCCACACCCGCAAGAGACGUUACUGAAAAAGAUAGCCCGGGCCACACAUCUACCAUUGACAACGACGAACACGCCCACAGAGGUGCUCACUCUACCGAUGGAGCUCGAAAUGUCUUAUUCUCAAGGGCUGCUGGCAAAUUCCAAGUCAAACAGCUCAGGCAACGCAGCGUAGAUCUAGGUUCUGGCGCCGUUACAAAGUCGAUAUCUGGGCCCGAUUCCAAAGCUGAUCCCCCAUCGAAACGCGGCACGCCUGUUGUCUUCAUACCCCGACCUAUCGCAACUGCCGAUCGACCACAAGGAGGAAAUCGAGUUAUGUCUGGUUUUAAUCCCCCUGAUCGGCCCUUCGAAGAUUUUGGCUGGGUGAAUCACCGAAGUUUCGAGGACAGUGCCGCAAACAAGACGACCUCUGACCACCGCUCUUCGCCACUGGAAUUUCAAGUUUCAGACCACAUUCGUCAUGUCGAAGAAUAA